AUGGCCUCGAAUGUCAAGGUCGCUGGGCAGGUCGACAAUGACUCGGCUGAGCUGUCCCUCCGUCAGGCACUCGGCGGCAGUGCCGUGGACGAGAAGACGGGCACCUCGGACGACCGAGCCAAUAUGUUUCGGAUGGGCAAGAAACAGGAGUUGAGGAGGAACUUUCGAUUCAUUUCCAUGUUUGGCUUCACUAUGAUCCUCAUGGCAUCAUGGGAGAGCAUACUUAGCGUGUCCAAUAUCGGCCUUGUAAAUGGCGGUACUGCUGGUUUAAUUUGGAUGUUCUUCAUCUGCUGGGUUGCCUUCAUCUUCAUCAACACGUCAAUGGCGGAAAUGGGAUCUAUGAUGCCCACUGUGGGUGGCCAAUAUCACUGGGUGUCCGAAUUUGCCCCGAAAGACUACCAGAAAUUCAUCAGUUAUCUUAUGGGAUGGCUUUGUGUCCUGGCUUGGCAGGUCGGCUGCACUUCAGGCGCAUAUCUCGUGGGGACGCAAAUCCAAGGACUCAUUGCACUGAACAACCCCGACUACUCCUAUGAGCGCUGGCAUGGAACUCUGCUCACUAUAGCCGUCUCGGCGUGUGCAAUUAUGUUCAACACGGUGUUGGCAAGGAAGUUGCCUCUGAUCGAGGCCAUCAUUCUUGUCAUACACAUCUUUGCCUUCUUUGGUAUCUUGGUCACGCUUUGGGUGCUUGCUCCUGUAAACCGUUCACCUAAGCAAGUCUUUACUCAUUUCAAUGAUGGUGGCGAUUGGAAUAGCCUCGGCGGAUCCGCACUCAUUGGCAUCACAAGUGGCAUAUAUCCUCUUAUUGGAGGAGACGCUGCCGUGCAUAUGUCCGAAGAGCUUCGAGACGCCGGCAAGACGCUUCCGAAGUGUAUGAUCUGGACGACUAUAGUCAACGGAGCCCUCGCCUGGAUCAUAACUAUCACGUUCUGCUUCUGUGUUGGGGAUCUCGAGGAGGUUCUCAAUAGCUCAACAGGAUAUCCGUUCAUGCAGGUCUUUUACAACGCGGUCAAGUCAACGAGAGGAGCCACCGCCAUGUCUGUCUUUAUCACGAUAAUGUUCUUCUUCGGACUGUUGACAUUCGUCGCCACAAGCUCCCGUCAGCUGUAUGCAUUCGCGCGGGACCGAGGCCUCCCCUUCAGCACAUGGUUUGCCACGGUUCGCCCUGGCUGGGACAUUCCCCUCAAUGCGCUGAUAUUCACUUUUGUGUUCACCAGCGCCCUGUCUCUUAUCAACCUCGGGUCUGCAACUGCCUUAAACUCCAUCACUGGCCUGCAAAUCAACGCCAUGUUGUCCAGUUACAUUUGCUCGAUUGGCUGUCAGAUAACGAGUCGAAAGGCAAUGUCUCAUGACGUAUGUGCACGAAUCAAGACCGAGGCGGAAUUAACCUUCACUCCGCCUACGAGAGAAUCGGCCCCACAUCCACCAAAGCAGCGUGGUCGGAAAUACAACUCGAUCACGAACACGACCGUACACCUCACCUCCACAACUGAUCUUGGUUUAUGA